GAUGCGGCUGAAGCCCGGCGCGCUCCUGCGCUUCUACAGCCUCUGCGGGAUCCUCGUACAAGGCAGCCAAGGGCAGUUCCCACUCACACAGAACGUCACAGUUGUUGAAGGGGGAACAGCAAAUUUGACCUGCAGGGUCGAUCAAAAUGAUAACACCUCCCUCCAGUGGUCAAAUCCAGCUCAACAGACACUGUACUUCGAUGACAAAAAAGCUCUGAGGGACAACAGAAUCGAGCUGGUGCGAGCGUCGUGGCACGAGCUGAGUAUCAGCGUCAGCGAUGUGUCCCUGUCGGACGAGGGGCAGUACACCUGCUCUUUAUUCACCAUGCCUGUCAAAACUUCCAAGGCUUUCCUCACCGUUCUUGGUGUUCCUGAGAAGCCACAAAUUACUGGAUUUACCUCACCAGUUAUGGAGGGAGAGAGGAUGCAGCUCACUUGCAAGACAUCUGGUAGUAAGCCAGCAGCUGAUAUCAGAUGGUUCAAGAAUGACAAAGAAGUUAAAGAUGUUAAGUAUUUAAAAGAAGAAGAUGCAACUCGUAAAACAUUCACAGUCAGCAGCACGCUGGAUUUCCUAGCAGAUCGCAGUGAUGAUGGUGCAGUUGUAAGUUGCAGAGUAGAUCAUGAGUCCCUAAACUCUACACCUCAGAUAGCAAUGCAGGUUCUAGAAAUACACUAUACACCUUUAGUUAAAAUCAUUUCUUCCAAUUCAUGGCCUGAAGAAGGACAAUCUAUAAUUUUGACUUGUGAAUCCAAAGGAAAACCAGUGCCAGAACCAGUACUGUGGACAAAGGAUGGUGGAGAACUACCAGAUCCAGAGAGAAUGGUUGUCAAUGGCAGGGUUCUAAGCAUCAGCUUCCUAAACAAAACAGACAAUGGCACAUACCGAUGUGAAGCAAAAAAUCCCAUUGGCCGAAACAGCACAGAGUAUGUCCUGAUAGUGCAUGAUGUUUUGAGCACUUUGCUUCCCACUACUGUCAUCCCCUCCCUUACCACUGCAACAGUCACAACCAAUGUAGCCUUAACAGCCAGCACAACCACAUCGGCAACAGCCACCAGCAUCAGAGAUCCAAAUGCUUUGGCUGGACAGACUGGACCUGAUCACGCUCUUAUAGGAGGAAUAGUGGCUGUAGUUGUCUUUGUAACACUAUGUUCUAUAAUUCUCCUUGGUCGAUACCUGGCAAGACAUAAAGGAACAUACUUAACAAAUGAAGCAAAAGGAGCUGAAGAUGCACCUGAUGCCGACACAGCCAUUAUCAAUGCAGAAGGCAGCCAAGUCAAUGCAGAGGAGAAAAAAGAGUACUUCAUUUAGAUGCAGAGCUAGAAUCUUGGAGUUUUACUUAUCAGGCUGACUGCUGGAGAAAACUGGCUAUCAUUUCUCAGAAUUCAUUUCUGCCAUCUUCUGCUAUCUUUAUUAACUCACAUACCUGCUAUAAGUAGCCAGUUUAUGCCAACAAUCAGCUGUUGACAUCAUCAUUCUAUAAUUACGGUAUCAUGCGUAAAACAGGACAUUUCUUAUUGCCUAAAAAUCAUAUCCACUGCUCUCUUAACAUACAGUGCUUGAAUAUACAGCCUUAACAAUGUUAAUCAUCAUCUUAAUCCAAGUUUUCUACAUAUUUAAGUGUUAAUGCAGCUUUCUUUUCCAGUUUUGUUUUAUCAUGUCCCUACUAGUAUGUCAUAGAACAAAAUUCGUAACAAGUACUAUUAGGUAAGGUCCUAAUUUACUUACAGAAAAUGUUAAGUCUAAGAUUAGAGGUUUACAAAGAGUAUUUUAUACCUGUCUAUCUAUAAUUCAAAAAGCAACUUGUUUUUGAAGCAUACACCCUUGGAAACACAAAUUGAAAUCUGUUUAGUAUAGUUUCCUGUAUGUUUGGAUUUGGUGGGAAAAAAAGAUCAGUCCAGUGAAUUUUUUGUUUUGUUUGGCUUUGUUUUGUUAUGAUUUAAAUGGUACCUUGAUAACAGUGCCAUGUUUCUGUGGUGAAAACAUGCUGAAUAGCUAUACAGAGUCUGCAAAGUUAGGUAAUAGAGCUUCUUUUGAAACAGUUUGUCCUGCCCUUUUACUGGCUUUUGGGAUCACAAAGAUUAGAGAACUUCCUGAGUAAUUUAUGUUUUAUAAUUUAUUUGCUAAACAUGAACUCACCUGCCUACUCAAAUUUGAUGUCUUCAUGGGGCACAAUGGCAAGGCAUUUUAGUAUCUGUAUAUAGUGCAUAUAAUAAAUUCAAUUAAACAUUAUUUGAUACAUAUUCAACUUUUUUGGCAGUAGCUAAGUCAGUCACAAGUAUGCAUUUUCUAAUGUCCAUUAUAUCCCUUUAGAUAUGACCCAAAAUCAAUAUUCUGAGUAGAUAACAUGUGUGAGUAUUUUUUUGUCUGUAUGUCCUAGCACUGUUCAGCAGCAAACUUUUCUAGUUCUUGUUAAUUUUUUCUUUGUUAUACAAUGGAAGCACAAUGUUAUAUGGAAAGGUAGUUUUAAGCUAACAACCAGUGCA